CUUAAAAUAAAGCAGGGGAGGGUGGCACGUGCAUCAGUCUCAAUUCUCAAUCCUUGGAUACAAUUAGUACAUACACUCACAACUCAGAUUGAAAAAACAGAGACACGUACACAUCAAAAUGACGAUUUGUGCGGUAUUUGGUUGCCAAAAAAGGUCAGAUAACAAAGAUUGGGUGCCUCAGAGUCCAAUAGAGUGGACAACAACGACCAUUGACGACGCGGGGACAGUUUUGGAUGGGAAAAAUUUGAAGUUCUUCAGGAUGCCCAGCAUGAAGGCAAAAAAGCUGACUUCCCAAGAACUGAAUGAAAGAAAAAACACUGUGCUAAAGUGGACUUACGCUUGUAAGCGAGAACUGCGGUUUACCAAACCAGAAAACUGGUUCAUUUGCUCGGCACACUUCCCAAGAGAGGCCUACGAUCAAUUCGUGGCGAUGAAGCACAAUGGCUUUUUGAAUGUGCCUCCAAGUGUGCGGAUCCUCAAACCUCUGGCAAUUCCAACAAUUAAUCUUCCAGACAAAAUCUGCGAAGCAAAGCGAAAAUAUCCAUCAACGUUCAGGGAAAAUCCAGAGUCAAGCCGGGCCAAAAGGAUGAAAAGAAGAGAACGAAAGGAACUAGUCGAGCAGGCAAUUAAAGACGACAGUUCACGUAGAGACUUGAGCAACACUUCAGGUAUUGACGAGACCAGUGCCGGUGGAAUUGACGGCAUCUUCGAUUAUGCGAGCAAUAUAAUUACCUCAAGCAGCAAAAAUUAUGGAAGUCCUGUGAAGACAAUCCUGUAUUGACCAUGGCAUUUGAGCAAAAUUCUUCAGCUGCAGCUAUGCAGCCAUCCUCAGAGGUUGAAUCCAGAGCUGCCUGAGGGUAAUUGGAUAUUGACCAAACUCUAAAUUCUAUGAAAAUAUGUCAAAUCACCCAAAUAAAGCAAUAUUUUUGUUUAUUCUCC